UACGGCAGUUCACCCUUCUGACAUGGGGUCCUCGUGGUCCGUGAGCUCUGAGCUUUCCGCUGCUCCUGCCGCAGCUCCUUCCGCAAACCAACCUGCGAAAACGGCCGAGGACCCCCCGUUUAAAAACUGCUGGAGCUGUCGUGUGCUUUCAGGGUCUGCGCUCUUUGGGGCAGGCGCCUAUGUCUACUUGGUGGCCAGGAGGCCCAUGAAGCUGGGAAUCCCACCUCGCCCAGGAACUAUAGCGCAGAUGGUCGUCGGCAUCAGUAUUGCCUGCUGGGGAGUAGUUGUCCUGACAGACCCCAAAGGGAAAGCCUACCGAGUUGUUUGAAAGCUCAAUAUUGUCUUCUAUUCAUGACUGCGCAGCAGACAGAACAAGUUUUGGGAUGGUGGAUAAUCUUUGCACACUGGGACAAGGAUGCACUUCACUAUACGACAUACGAAGAGAACUGUUAAAACAUGAGAUGUCAUCCUUUGGCUAUGGAUGUUUAUGGUUUUACUCCCAUAGAUUAUAAAGGGACAGAUAAAUCCCUUAGAAGCAGACAUGGUUCUUUGUCUUGUCCACGGAGGUUAUGUGUAGUUCAAUUUAUAUUGAAAGAUAACAGCUUCGAGAAAAUAUUAAAAUGAAGUAAAUGAUAAACCAAUAGUGAAAUAAGCUAUUUUAUUAUAAUAAGUAAUUCUUUUUGUUUUUCUCAUUGUAUCAACAGCUAUUGCUAACCUAUCACUGGAUAGGUACAUGAAAAGAGAUUGCUCCUCUGAUGUUCAGAAUGGUUAUUGAGUAAAUGUUGUCUUUACUUUAAAGUGUCCAGCUUCAUUAAGCCGUAAUGAGAAUCAGCCUGUACUUUAAAGCUUUCAUGCUUCACGAACAUACUAAAUAGCAUCAGUUUUUUCCGUAUAAGGAUAUAUUUUGAACGGCUUGUUAAAUGUGACUACCGUCAUCAGUUAUCUUAGUUAGAUCUGAGGCUCCUGCUUUAGCUUCUACAUCAGUGCUUGCUAUUUUGCUUUGCACUUUUAUAUUAUGGUUAUGCCUUUCACUAAAUGUCUGUAAUUUUUUUAUUAUUAUUUUUUUAAUCUUCAGGACCUUCCUCAUCCAUCAGUGUUUAGAGAAUUGAAGAGGGGUAAAGCCUUGCUCUUGCUUAGGUUUUGUCUUAGCGAAAUGUGGCUGGCUGGAUCUUCUGUCAAGAUGAUAAAUUUUCACAUCCGCAAAAAGGCUUUUUUAUUUUUGGUUUACAGGAGUAACAUGUUUCCUUUGUAUUUACAACUUGGCUGAAAAUUUGGUGCGAGUGGGUCUAACCUGACUGUCAUGCCUUUCUACAUGCUUUCCUUAUAAACAUUACUCAUUUCUAGCUUUUCA